GUAGACUCCAGCUGGAGUCAGUCUCUCCUCCACUGUGACUCCACAGUCAACACGCACGCCCCUCGCUGGUCGCUCGUAGUGCCGGGCGCCUCUGUGUUUUAUAGCCUCCUUUUUGAGCCUAUAUUCUCCUCCCCCCUCGUCGUCGUCCACCCCCCAAAUCGUCUCUUCCCUUUCUUGGUGCUGCCGCACGAACUUCAGGCCGCCACCUCGGGAUCGCCUCCAAGAUCCGAUUUUGAUCGCCCCGCCCCCGUCUAGAACGGCCGAGCAGAUCGCCGCCCUCGCCCGCCCUCGAUUCCUUCGUUCACAAUAAGAAGCAAGAUAACACAAGUUGAGCAUUGGUCAACAGUAUGCCUUGGACGCCCUUGCACUCGUCAUACCACAGUAGCCGAAAGUCUGUCUGCCUUAUUGUCUUCUUCCGUGUGAUUGUGUAAGGAGGCUGCACUUACAGAAGACUCAUUUUCCUUUAGUCGUUCCCUGUUCUUGACAACAUCAGUGUGGAAAGAUUGAGAAUGUAUGUGAAGGUUGAGCUUAAGAGAUUCCGUGUUGUGAAGGAAGUGGGAAGGAUAGUAAUGAAUGUUAGGAUCUUUGCUUGUUACCAGUUGAUCGAAGUGUGCCAGGCUGAAUACUUCCGUCAACUGCUUAAGCCCAUCACGUAGUCUAAACACAGGACUCGGGUUUAGUUUCUCAAACUGCUACUUUAGCUUCUAUUUUGAUAGAAAGUUUCAACAACAGAGCAGUGCAGUCAUGAUGAUGACUAUCUUGUUGUAGGGCAUAUUAAUCUUCUGUUGUUGCAAACCGCAAUAAUAUUUUAGGCUUCAGAUUGUUUUGGGCAGUGUAGUCACUGCACCAAAUCAGGUAGAUUUACGUACGCAAGUGAACUCGUGUCCUACAUACACCGUCAACCCAUGCAGAGGGAUCCAACAGCCUUCGUUGGAAACCCCUCCUUUGCUUAUGGCUAUGAAGCUGAUGGUUGUGCGGUAAAUGGACCUUUGGGUGGUCAAUGCAACUACAGGGUUCCUGUUUCACCAGCCUUAGGAGUCCCUUCAGGCAUGACAAGCCCUAAGAUGCGAAGCCAACUUGAUGCCUUUGAGUUCCAGCCUUCCAAGGUAUGCCCCAGAAACUUCAUCAUCUUUGAUCAUAAUGAUGACAAAGGGCGCAUCGUGUAUCAUCCUGCCUUGGUGAACAAGCUGAAUCCCACAAACAUCAAUGCAUUCCCGUGCCGUGGUGAGGUGAUUUGCAGAAGUUCAGACCAAGACGAUGGCAAUCUUGAACAGCAUGCCUCAUCUUUCAAGGAGGAUACAGAAGAGAUCAAUGCACUGCUGAACUCUGAAUCAGAUGAAGACAGUGAUGAAGAUGAUAUCAUGAGUACCGGGCGUUCUCCUGACCCCUUGGAACUUGGCCCCUGUGAAUCAUCUUCACCACCCAGGUUUAAGAAAAUGAGGCAUUUUUCUGGAAAUGGAUCAGAUUUCGAUGGAUCCAUGGAAAAUAUUACUCACGAGGAGAUCAGGAAGAUGGUCACAGUUCUUAGGGGAAUAAUCCCUGGUGGAGACCAACUGGAUGCUCCUGAUGUCCUGGAGGAAGCUGUUAGAUACCUGAAGUUUCUCAAGGUGGAGGCGGAGAAACUUGGGGUGGUGGGUUUCAAUGCUUAGAAGUUGCCAGUGAUAUAGUGGUCGCAGUAAAGCUCCAUAUAAAUAAAAUCUUCAACAUCCAUGCCGCUUAUAUCUAUAUGGAAUUAAUCUAGGUCAUUGCCAUCAUUGUUACUGGAUUCCGCUUUUUCUGAGUGUGGAAGAGAAGGAAGGCAUCCUGCUUUUGCUACUUUCAGCAGGCCUCAAAAGACCCUGUGUUUGUGGGAUUCUGAUGCUUAUUUCCAGUAUGUUUUUGCUUGCCUUGCCCCCCUCAAGGUUUGGUACUGUGGUUCGGUCAUGCGGCAAAGCUUUGGAUGGUGCAUCAUGCUGUCUGGCUUACCCUUUUUCCAAUUGUGACUUGGAACUCCACCUAUGAAGUGAUCAAGCUUCCUUUUGUGGGCACACCCCCAAAAUCACUGUACUUCAGAGGGUUACGGCAGUCUGCCUUUCCAGGCACUCGAGUUGAUGCACUUGUUAAAUUAUGUACACACUUUGGUUUGAUUUAUAAAUGUAUAUGUACGGAACAAGAUCGAAGCAUUGAAAUUUGUAAACUACUGUACGAAGUGAAUGCUCUUUGGCUUUGCGAAUUGUGUGAAGAAAGAAUCUGUCUCACUU